GGACGUGAUACAGGGACCAGACCACUGAUCACGGAUUCCCCUUAUACGUAUUCAUACAGUUUCAAAAGCGCGUCGUCGUCGUUGUCGGUUCAAUAUUGUGAUAACGAAUUUUAAAAAAAAAACACGCGGCAUUAUGGAUACCACCAAAUCGACCAGGAACGUAUACAGCAUCGAUCAAAUUCUCGGCACUACUCUUCCGUCGAAAAACGGUAAGACAACAGUAUUAUUAUAGGUACUCGAAAAAAACGUAUGAAUACAAUAUUAUAGGUAUGCAGCAUAUACCAUGUGUACAAUUUAAUAAUAAUAAUAAUGAUUUAUUAAAAAAUAAAAAUAAAACGGGCAGAAGCCCAACAGUACAAUUAAUGAGAAGACUUAGACAUUAUAAUAUAAUAAAACUAAACUAAAAUGAAAUAAAGUAAUUUUGUAUUGCUAGGUAUCGCGUAUCAAUAUUUAGGCACGAGUUUAAAAGCACCGAUAAAGUUGAAAAGAAAAAAAAAUCCGCAUUUUUCGAAAAUUUAAUAAAUUUUAAAUAAAGCCAUCGUAAUAUGAUGGUAAUAAUGAGUUGAAUUCGGUCUGUAACCAUGUAGUGUCCUAUUUAUUCGCAUACAUUGGUGCAUUGUCAAAUCCUACAGUGCAUUAUACACGAAAUUUCAAUUAUUUACUCCGGAAAAUAAAAAUUUGCACAUGUCACCUGCGUUUUUAUUAUAGGCGAUUGCGUCCAUUACCUCCCUCGAAAUCAUUAUAGUAAUCAAAUUCCUGCAAAUGUCUAUGUAAGAAGAAAAGUCAAAAUAAAUAGCCGCUGACCCUACAUGUGUACGCGAAGGGUAUCCAAUGUUCGUAAUAAUAAUUAUUAUUAUAUUCCCAAUUAGCAAUAUUAUGUUUAUUGAUUAGUCUACCCUAAUACUGUAAUGAGUUUAAGUCGAAUAAUAUGUACACGCCUAUAUCAUUAUUAUUACCUGCGUCAUACUCUUAUUCAUGUGCAGUAUUAUACGAUAAAUACCUAUUAUGUGUUGAUACAUAAAUACGUAGUACAUAUGCAUUUACGUUUAAAACUUCAAAACCAUAAUAUAUUUUAAUACGUAAUACAUUUUGAAUUUUGAAUUUAACAUUCUAUAUUGAUUAUAAUUACUAAUACUAGUAUAAUUAAUGAUUCUGUUUACAUGAAAUAUUAUUUGAAAUUAUUAAAAUAUUUGUAUUGAAAACAAUAUAUUGUCCAUAAAGUUCAUAUGCUUUCGUUGGAAAAUUAUUUUUCCAAAACUACUACAAAUUAUUAUUCUUGAAUUAGAUGUAUUUUAAUUUGUAAAUGGUCAAACCAAAUACAACAUUUAUUAUUAGCACCUCAAUAAAAUAUCAUAAAAAUGCAGUGACUUCUGGCUAAAAUACAAACAAGUAUUUAUUUUUAAAAAGCCCAGUUUGCAACUAUAGUAAAUUAACACGAUAAUUUAAAUUUUACAAUAAAUAUAUAUUUAUAAUUGAUAGCUUAGUCAUUAUACCUAUUAUUUACUAUAUAAUAAAUAUAAUAUAACUAUAGUAUAUUCGUAUUUAUUUAUUGGAUGAAUUUUAAUUUUCCAAAAAUUAAACAGAUAAUUUUCAUAUUUAUAUAAUAUAUUAUACAGAUUAUAACUACAUUAUGUAUUUCAACGCUAUGAAUAAAAAAUAUACAAUAUUGUAUUAUUAUUUAUCUAGCUGUGUUAUGUUAUAUUUUUAUAUUUUUUGUGUAAUUACACACAUAUGUUCGGUUUAGUGUAAAAAACAACGUUAGUCUUACAAUUGUAGGUACGUUUAUUUUUAUAAAAACAUAUGUAAAUUUGAAGAACAUACAUAUAGUAUAUAAGUAUGUUACUUUACUUCAAAUUAACAUACUUAUAUACUAUAUUAUUUUUUGACUUUUUUUUUCAAUCUAGUACCAAACAAAUAUUCUCUAAACCAUCAAUCGAACAAUAUUUCGUUUAUUAUUCAUUUAUUUGCCCAUCUUAACGUCUAAAGAGUAGGUAGGUAACGUCUUUCAUUAAUUCUUACGACCUCCAAAAGAGCAAUUAGUAUAUUUGCUUAAAAUUGUUUAUUUAGCUACACAGUAAUAUACCUAUCCAUUUAUUUUGAAAAACAUAAUUCGAAGCAUUUUAAACACAUACUCACCUUUGUGCUUUGCUCAAAGUCGUUUUUCAAACUCGAUUAUUUAUCAUUGGUUUAAAAUGUUUAAUUAUAGCCAAUAAAGGUAAUAAAGAGCUACCGGUCGUCCUGUAAAAUUAAAUACCCAACUCGAGAAAAAGCCAAAAUAUUUUGGUAAUAUUAACUGCACAUUACCACGGCCAGACAAAUAUGGUAACAUACCUAAAUUAUUGGUAAAAAUUGCAGGUCACUCGCGUGUACGGUUACUUCUUACUGAAUCACAAAAUAAACAUAUAUCUUGUUGCAACCAUUUUUUCCCGGUUUUUUUUUAAUUUUAUUUUUUAGAUAUAUUAGUUAUACGUUAUACUUCUUAGAAUUUUUUUCUAGUAAAAAUGCUCGGAUUAUAUCAUUUCGCAGAUACCAAAAAUGCGCGAAAUUUUCACCCGAUGAUACUUUAUUAAAGACAUUUUUUGAAACUUUCAACAGCUCACCGGUUCACCUCUUUCACACUCAACAUUGUUUGAUAUGCAUAUUGUUUAUUGCACAGUAAUAUAGUUAUUACUAAAAAUCGGUGGCCUGUCCACGAUGUACAAAUGAAUGAUGGUAGUAUAUGUAUAUGGAAAUAGUUUUCAUUAGUACUACAACGACGGCGGGAUAUUGAAAAAAAUAAACGGACUAACGGCGGUGGAUGGCGAGAACAUUACUAUACGAAUAUUACUAUACGUGUUAUAUAGUAUUGUAUACUCGCAGUGGCGGAUCCAGGGGGGGUCACAAGGGCACGUGCCCCCCCCCUGUAAACGGACUACAGUAUUGAUUUAUGUAAUUUAUAUAGUUAAUUUACUAAAAAUAUAAAUAACGUGCCCCCCUCCCCUUUGAAAAAGAUCCGGAUCCGCCGCUGAAUACCCGUAUAUAUGCUUGUCAAAAGACAAACGUCGGCUGUUACGCCGUCCGAACUUUUCGUAACUGAAUAAUAUUACGUUCCGGAAAAACAUUAACGUUAUUACGGACGCGUUUACUCGUGGUUUUUUCAUUUUUCCGUUGUAUGCGCGUAUGUAGGUAUUAAUCAUUUGUAACGAUGUUUUACAUGCACUCGCGGAUGGUGUGCGCGCGCGUUGUUAAAUAUUAUUAUUUCCGCGUUUAAUGCCCGUAUUGUUAUUAUCAUACGUACUGUGCGAGAAAGGCUGUCGGAGCUUGCACAGUGCGCGGGGCUAGUUGUGGAGAGGAGGGGGUAGGGGGUUAGCUAUAUAUAUAUAUAAUAUUAUGUGUAUAACAGUUGAACAACGCGGCCGUGAAGACACGACCCGGUAGGUAUAUACUAUAUUGUACUAUAAAUCCGGAAGGGACGGGGAGAGUCGGGAGAAACACAUGGGAUUUUAACGGACGUCAAGUGGUACACCGCCGGCGCGCCCGCCGACUGCCUCCUUUAUACAUAAUAUUAUCAUGUAUACAAUGGGUGUAAAACGGAUUUGUAUCCACGUACGUACACGUAUGCACGUACAUUCCGUAUCUGUUGCGCGCACGCAGACAUUUCGAAACGCCGCCGUCGGAAAUAAAAUAUUAUAAUAUUAUAAUAUUUUGCGUGUAAUUAUUAUUAUUAUUUAUGCCGCGUAUACGCUGUGCGCACAUACACCCGCGUACAAUAUUAUACGUAUACAUGCGCCCGUAAACGUUCUAUACGUAUAUACGUAUAUGUGUGUAUAUAUAUAAAUACGUAGGUGUAUACGCGUAUAAAACACGUGCGCUAUAUGUUUAUUGCAGGGACGGAAGAGCGGCGCGCUGCACGUCAUGAUACGCAUACGUACGCGAUUCGGAAACCGAAUAUUUUGUAAGCCGAUUAUUACAUACAUUACACGCUUACGGCGGCGGGACGCGAGGGGUGCAUUAUACAAUCAACGCGCAAUAACAAAACAAAUAAAAAAAAAAAAAAAAAACCUCGCGUAUAAGCGGCUUAGGACCGUUUUAAUACGCUCGAUUAUUAGUAUAUAAUAUAAUAUAUAUAAUAAUAAUGAUAAUAAACAAAAUGCUGCAGCCAACAACGGUCUUAUAAUGCCGUUUAUUCGCACACAAUAUAGGUAAUUAGGUAUCCGACGGUAUAAUAUCUGCAGCGUAUAGCUGGUACCUGUGGCAAAAAUCGCAUAUUAUUAUUUAUACCGUUCGCGUGUUCGCUGUAUGUACCUGCCCGCCUAACUGCAUUUAGGCCAACUGUGUUUCCGACCCGGAGCAACGUUUCAUACGGGGGGGGGGAGGUGCGAGGAACAAUUGACCGGGGACGACGAAGAAUAAGCGGUACGGCGCUUGGGGGAAAGGCCCCCUUUUUUUGUGAACCGACAUAGUCGGUGAUAAUGAAAAUUAAUAGAUUUGACUACUCAUAUACGAUAUUGACUGAAGCCCAUUUUCCCCGGGACCAAAGUUCUACAAUUACAGAUAUUCUGUAAUAAUAACUAUAGGCAAGAUUGUUGCGAAUUUUUUGUUUUUUUUUUUUUUUCGUCAACCCUUUUCUCCGGACCCGCGGAGUAUCAGCGUAUAUAUUAUUAUACCGCGACGAUGUCAAUCGCGCCCCUCGUACUACAUAAUAAUAAUAAACCGAAUAGGGUAACAGGACCCCGCAAGAGAACAUCAGCACAACAAUAUCAUGGUAAUAAGCCCACGUUAUAUUAUAAUAUCAUCGUAAUUCGUAAUGUAUAAUAAUACGACGGCAAUAACAGUCAAUGACGGCUCUUUUAGUUGUUUUACACAUGGAUACCUUCUCGUUGUUUCACGUGUUUUUCUCUCUCGACAUAAACGAUGACGAUUAGUUAAAUCUGUAACAAAACAGUUAAAUAAAUAUACUCGUAUAAAAAGAAAAAAAGCUGACACUGCUGAAUGCUGAUGGGUGUGCCACUGUUAUAGUUGAGAAGUUGUGGGACUUAAUUUUUAUUAGUUGUACGCAACGAUAAAAUAUUGCUAACUAAUUACGAUUCUGAACGAAAUUCGGUUCUUAAAUGUCGUAACAAUAUUUACAAUUUUUGUCAAAAUAAUUAAAUAAAUCUCAACUUUGUCUAGUUUGAGGCGCGAUCAUUUUUUGAUUUUCGUUGUAAUUUCUUAACUUCUGGGAAAAACGGAAAUUUGUUUUGAUAAAUUUUUCUUGAUUUGUGGGUUACCUUGGUAACAAGGAAGAACUAUUUAUAUAUAUAUAUAUAUGUACUACUCUGCUCAGAAUUGUUUAUUCGUUUUUAACGAUUUAUUAUUCUACACAGUGUAUUAUAAACUAACUGGUUUCAUCCAUCACUGACGACGAACAUAAAAGAGCGAUUACACUGAAAUGGAAUACGUUUUAGCUAACAAGUAAAAUCUACUUAUAACACGUGUCUAUAACAUGUAAUCUCUACAAUAAUAUUCUUAUUCUUAUUUUUUUUUACUAUAAUUAUCUUUAAUUUAAUUUUUUGUUUGUUUAUGCUAUGUAUACUAUAACAGUUAUAUAAUCUUUAAAUUCAACAAUUUUUUUCACAGAUAACACCAGUGUUCAUUGUCAAUCCAAAUUGGAUGCUUUAUAUGCCGCCAGUGGGACUGACUCAUCUUUACAUCGAUCUGAUGAACAUGAAGAGGACAAACCACGCAAAGUUCGACGCAGUAGAACAACGUUCACCACGUACCAAUUGCAUCAAUUAGAAAGAGCAUUCGAGAAAACUCAAUAUCCCGAUGUGUUUACCAGAGAAGAACUCGCUUUGCGACUGGAUCUCAGUGAAGCCAGAGUACAGGUAAAAUUCUUCGUGCCGUUUAAGAUGGGAAAUAAUAAUUAUUGCGAUUAAAGUUAUUAUAUUGGUUUUUAAAUAAUAUUAAACUUAUAGAAUUGAUUAUUAUAAGUUUAACCGAAUAAUUAUAAAAACAAAUUUUAAUUCUCUUUAUAAUAUUGUGUUCAGACGCGAAUCAAAUGGAGCGGUAUUUUCCCCUCUGUGGCACAUACUAGCUCGCAUAGCGUUAUCGUAAAUCUUGCUCUACGCUCCCCUCCCAUGAAGAAUUUUUGGAUCCGCCCCUGAUUGUGCAAUAUUUUGUAACACAAUCAGGGUUACAGUAUAGUGAAUAUUUACGUUUAUCAAAUAUAAUUUAUGUAAAAAUAAAUACUAUGUAGAAUCGAGUGAGGAAAUUUAUUGUAGACACUAUUAGACAUCCUUUGUUAAAUUGAAAUAUGAUUUCGAAAACCAUAUUCAUAUUCUAAUUUAAUUACAUUUGCACAUCUAUAGACGCCGUACGAAUACAGCGCCGCUUUACAAUCUAUUAUUUAACAAUAAAAUAUUGUAAUUAUUGUACUAAUUGGGUAGAUAGUACAACAUUAUAUGGCGAACAGCAAUAUAAAAUCGAUUAUACAAUAACCAAUAUUAGUAUGCAUAUUAUAAUAGCCGUAGAUAGUAAAACAAUCCCGUUCGUCUUUUUAACGGUGGUAAUGUGCAGAUGUACCUGUACGACGUAAUUUUACGGGUUCGAAAUUAAAAAUACAAUAUUAUAAUAUAAUGGCAUAUACGAUUCUUCUUUUUUCGGUCGCCAAUUCGGGGUUCCGUUUCGGGUCCCCUUAAUUGUGCGUAUAUAUAGGGGUUUACUCGCGUAUACGAUGACUGCAAUAUUAUAUACUAUUAUACUUUUGUUCCGGAAUCGCGCGUGUAACAGCUUAAUUAUGAAAUCCACCACGUCGUAUAUAGCGACGCGAGACUUAAUAAUAAUUCCGAAAGCAGUCGAAAACAAUGGAAGGAGAUUAAUAGAUUUUUUUUUUUAUUAUUGCUUUACAGCCACACAAAAACACCGCGCUAAUUGUGUACCGCAGAACACUUAGCGGACACAAAGACGGUAGGAAAAAAAAAGAUUGAGUGAGUGAGUGAGUGAGUGAGUGAGUGAGUGAGUGAGAGAGAGAGAGUGAGGAUACAAAAUCCCCAGUUUAUAUACGUGUUAUCUCUACUCCCUCCUUCACUCUCACUCGCGUUGUCUCUCUCUCUCUCUCUCUCUCUCUACUCUUUUUCUCUAUUGCCUAGGCCGUCGAUUGUCUCGCUCUUUAAACGAUUCAAUAAACCAAUUGAGAUGGACUUAAAACCCGGCGGCGCGCCGGCUCCCCGAUAAUGAAUUACAAGUUAAUUGGGGUGCAAUUUCUCGACAACCGAUUUAACAUCUCUCUAAUUUCCUAACGAUCAUUUAAGUGCAUUGUUCGCGGCGCGGUCUAUAUGCACGGGGAGAGUCCCCAUUGUAUUGCACAACACACACACACCCUCUCGUACGCACGCGGCUCGCACAAUCAACCCCAAUCGGACGUCCAAAUAGAGAGCAUUAACCCUCCUCCGCGCGCGACGGUCCAUAGACGGACGCCGACGCCGUUGUUGCCGCCGUCCUACAAUGGCCUUUGGGUGCCGAAACUUCCACCGGUUUAUUAUUAAACUCCGCGUUUUAAGUGUAUUGUCAAUAUUUUAACCUGGCCAAUAAAAAAAGGAUUUUUUUUCCUCGCCGUCUCUCUCUCUCUCUCUCUCCGCGUAUACGCUUUUAUAUAUGUGUAUAUAUAUAUAUAUACUUACCCUCUUAACUAUUAUUUCUUUUCCAAGCACACGCGCCGUUAAGCCAAACUAAAUUAAUUAUGAUACAUAUUAUUAUUAUUAUUAUUAUUAUUAUUAUUAUACGCGCAAUAAACAAUCUCCGACGCAACCGUUCGUGUCCUACGGCCAAGAACUUCGUAUUUUAAUGAAGUUUAUCCGUUUCUAUGUACGUAAUUGAGGAAUAAUCUACCCGUGUAUUAUAUAUUAUCAUGUACGAGUAGUACGGCCGUACUUUUUCCGUUACUGGAGUCAGAAUUUCCUUCCCCCGCCCAUUUUGCAUUAUAGAAAUAUUCUUUGUAGAACAUUUUUGAACAAUAGUUAAUAACCGAAAAUUAUAUAGCAAUACAAUACUAUACUAUAUUAAUACAAUCAAAGUUGUACCUGAGGGAGGAAGGGGUGUUUGGAGUUUAAUCCCCUCCGCCGAAAUUGUUCAUAUUAUAUUAUUCUACUUAUCUACUAUAUCAAUAAUUGAUAUUAUAUUAUAGGUAAAUUAUUUACAUACACGAUAUUACAAUAAAAUUAGAACACCGCAUAUUUUAAGUUUUAACACCCCCCCCCCACCCCCUCGAAAUUAAUUUUUGAUUACGGCCUUGACUAUAACUGUACUACAUAAAAAAAAAAAUGACGAAAUUGAACACAAAAAUGGUGGGGACGGGGGUUGAAAGUUAUAUACCCUCAAAAGACACAUCUUUGAUCUAAUGCAUUCUACAUAUUAUAUAAAAUAAGAUUCCUCCGGCUUCAUUUGGACAUACUGUAAUGAUAUUUAAAGGUUAGAAAAACCCUCAUAUUCAUUCAAUUCGUAUAUUAAAAUUCAACUCAACGUGUGUCACCUCAAUCCUCUUAUAAAAGAACGCCAAUUUCUGAGUUUGAGCUCAUUUGAUCCAAAUGGACCCACCAGUAAUGCACAAAAGUAGCGGGGGGAAUAUAUAAAAAUAAUUCAGUUGAUAAACUGCAAUAGUCUCUAUUUUCGGAGAAAAUACGACAAAAAAUUAAAAUCUAGUGUAGGGGCUAUAAUUGUUAUACUGUUUAAUAUCAUCUAAUUAAGAAUCUUAUUAUAAGGUUGUUGAGAAAUAGAUAUAGAAUGUACUAAUUUAUAAAUUGACAGAUAAAUAAUACAAAUCUAAUUUUUAAUCCCAUAUUUUGAACUUUAAAAUGCAUUCAUCAGAAUUUUAAUAACUAACAAAUACAAAAUUACGAGAACAUUUUUCUAUUCAUUCCAGAUCACAGAGUAUUAUUGUAUUUUUAAGGAAACUAUAUAAAUUACUAAAGAAAUAAUGAAUUCCGACAAUUAACUUAUUAUAUUAUUAUUUUAAUAUCGUAAGAAUAAAAAUAAUAAAAUACAAUUUUAAAAACAAUUCAUGUAAAACUCCUAUUAUUUCGAAAGAAAAAAAAUCACUUUACUUUCUUUUUCUUUAAGCUGUUUUUAUAAAUACUUUUCAAUUAUUAUAAAACCAAUACAUAAUAAUAUAAUGUCUUGCGCAUAGUGCAUGCGUGCCGUACAUAAUACAUAUUAUAAUGGUUGUUUUGUUUUAUUUUUUUAUUAUUAUUAUUAAGGUAUGGUUUCAAAACCGUAGAGCUAAAUGGAGAAAACGAGAAAAAUCAAUGGGCAGAGAAUCAAAUCCAUACAUUCCUGAUCACACAUGUAAGUUCAAUGUCCGUUGUAUAAUAUAAGGGUCUAAAUUAUUUUGAUAACUUUAUUAUAAUUGUUAUAAAUGUUGGAGCAAAUAGUCGGAAUUUAAAAUACAAUUCGUUCCACUUACCGGUAAACCUAAUAGGCAGGUACUCCUGCUAUAUAAACUAUUUCUAUACAAUGACAGGUACCUGUAUGAUAUUUCACAAUAAUUAUAGUAAUCAUACUAAUAAAUCACGGAUUUUGAUCGGAAUCUUUAUAUAAUAUUGAUCAUUCAAAACUUUAUACUCGCCACUCGUGUAUAUAUAUAUAUAUAUAAUCCAUACGAUCGAUAAAAGAAAAAUAAUUUUGGACCGAUUAAGACCGAAACAACCUAAUUAAAAUAUAGGAGUAUCCAAUUCGAAUACUCGUGUUUAAUAUAAUUUUAUUCUAACGUGGUUUUUAACAAUAGCUUAUUAUUAUUGUUAUUAUUAUUAUUGGGGUUACGACGUAUAUAAUAUAUUUUAAUGCUCAAAUGAACGCUAUGAUACCCAUAAUAAUAUAGGUUGAAAACUAUAAUGUAUUGGAAAUUUCCCACCUCCUUUUAGAUUUAAAACGGCGUUACCAUUAGUGUUAUUAACGAUUAACGAAUUACCAUCUGCCGUUAAAAAAAAAAAUCAUUAUUUUUCAUAUAGGCACGGGGGUGAUGGGUGGCUUAUUUAACGCCUUCAAAUGUGAAGCGGUUUUCUGGCAGCGUUAUGCCUAAUAUUUCAUUAGUUUAUCACGGCGGUAUUAAAACUAAAAAAAACCUACGAAAAACCGUUAGAGGGCGUCUUAAUAAAAUAAAAUUGUAUUUGAUUUCAUAUUAGGUACAUCUAUACGCAGUGGUGUGCCCAGGAACUUUCAAUGGGUGUGGAUGCAGUGAAUAAUAAUCACGAUUCAUGAUUGUAAAUUGUACAAACUUCUUUUGUUAUACCUAACUCAACAAUGGAUUUUAAAAUCCGGAUAAAAAAAAAAAACAAUAAUUCAAUAAAUCAUGUUUCUAUCAUUUUAACUUGGCUGUAAUAUAUAUUGAAGAUAAAAUUAUUUAACAAAUAUCCAAUUAAAAUAAAAUUAUGGAAUUGUUGUAUUUUUAAACAAAUAAGAAAAGUAUAGCCUCCUAUCGUCCCCCUGCUCACGUUGAUGCCUAUACAUCAUUCUCGAUAUCAAACAAAAUAUCGUUGUAACGUCAAAAUAAAAAAAAAAUAGCAAUAUAAUCAUGAGAUUAUAGUCACCUAGUGUAUUAUUAUAAGUGUAUUAUACGACUGGUUUCGAAUAAAAAAAUUAUCAUCAGGCAUAUCACAGAUGUCAAAAUGUUAAACGCGAUUGAAUAUAAAAAUUAAAUGAAGGAAUACAUAGAAAAAGAAAAUUGUACAAAUUGGUCGUUUCGCAUAAAAAAUAAAAAUAAUUAAUUUUUACAGGAGAGAUUAUUUUAAAUUAGUUAUUAUUAAACAUAGAUUUGUUAGUUAUAUAUUUUUAAAAUCGAUUUGAACAUUUAAAAUAUUAUUAAAAUUAUUUUUCUUUAAUACAUUGUAUAUGUGUAAUUCUUCUAAAACUGAAUUUAUGUUAAAAUUAUUUUGGAUAGUUAAUAUUUCUAAGUCUGUAUUAAUGUCAAAACUUAUAUUAUGGUUAUUUUCUAAAACAUGUUUAGUGAAAUUUGAAUUAGGGACAGUCUUUUUUAAUUUUAUUUCAGAAAUGUGUUCUUUAUAUCUUAUUUUAAAAUGUCUAUUUGUCUUAACCAUAUAAAAUUUAUUACAGUUACAUUACAGGGCUAUAUUAUAGAUAAUAUUGAGAUCGUGUUGAUAAUUAUGUUUAUUUAAUGGAAUACAUUCAAGCCUGUAGAAUAUUGAGCUAAAAAAUUAUAUUUUUUGAGAAUAAAAGAUUUCCUUCAUUUAAUUUUUUAUAUUUAGUCGCGUUUUACAUUUUGAAUAUGAUAUACCAGAUGAUGAAUUUUAGAUUUCAUGCGUAAUGAGAGAGCUAUUGGUUUAACAAUGCUAUUUAUUUUUUUUUCUAGACUAUAGACACAUUUUUUUCUAGUAAACUUGGUCCAAUAUAUAAUUGUAGCACUUUUUCUGAGAACUCAAUUUGUCUAGAUGGUACUUUAAAAAUAUGUCAUCUUUUGAUUUUUGAUGCUAUUUUUUAAAUAAAAGCACUUAAGUAGGAAAAAACUUAGGGAAAUGUACAAUUUCACGAUUUCAUUAUUUUAUAAAAACACGGACGACGUUUUCUAACAAAAAAAAAAUGAUAUAAUCAAAAAAUCACAAGAUACCAUUUUUGUUACCUUUUUGAUUUGCAUUCUUACGGUAUCAUCGCCAAACAUUUUGAGCCACUUUUGAGUUUUUAAGAGAUUUAAAUUUUUGGGAGGUUUUUUGCUGUUAUUCGGUUAUAAAUACACGUAGAUACUUGCAACUUGGCAUUAAUACUUAUAUUGGAUUUACUUAGACGUGGUAAAAUUUCCAAAGUCAUCGAACGAUUUUUUAUUUUUUUUAAGCGUUUUGAAAUCUAAUUUAAACGAAAAUCGAAAAACAAAUUACGGCACUUCAAAUUUUGUAUUACCGAACUACGCUCGGAAUCGCCUUUCGUCAAGCAAUGGUUUAUCGUUACUUACAGAUAUAAAUGAAAUAACCUUAUGUAUCCUACCUUCCCAACUUCUCAUCUACAACAGUGGCCACUCCCAUUCCCAAUAUCAGCUCUUUUUUUAAAUUCAAAACCGGUCGUACAAUACACUUAUGUUUAUACUGCAUGCUUAAACAUUGACAUAAAACAAAUUUGAAUUUUUGGAAUGGGAGAGGGGACGGUGAAAUGUACUUUAUAAUUUCUGAAUAUGGUAUAUUAUAAUGAUUAAUUAUGGUAUCUGUGUAGUGUUCAGGAACGAGUGUUUGCCGCCUCCGGCGAUGGGAGGACCGCUGCCAUUUCCGCUGACGCCCGAUCAAUUUUGGCCCAAUUUAGCUGUGUUCAAUCCAGCGGCCGCGUCUGCGUUCCUACUUAGCCUGCCGUGGCACCACCACGCGGCCCAGCCACCGUCGUCAUCUUACCAAUCGCCCGUGCACAAGGCCCUGUCACAGCGGAUAAUUACCGCCAACCAAUCGUGGCCGGCUGCCGCGGCCGCCGCAGCGGCAGCCGCAGCCGCUUCCGUGCAGACAUCGUCGUCCGAACCGCACAGCCCGUCGUCCGGGGCGUCAUCAGUCUGCAGUCCGGCGCCAAUGUCACCGGCUCAAGACUAUACCGGUGCCGUCACUGCCCCAGACCCAGACGGUGGCAGCGGCUCUGGCGACGACAUAGCAAUGUGUUCGCCGGCCGCUCUCACCGAAAACAUCUCCUGUUGAAAUUCUAAACCGAUUAUUUUUAUUUUUCCACGCCAUCUAAUCGAGUCGUUUUGUAUUGUAAUACAAUGAUUUUUUUUUUCAAACAUAUUCAAUGCCGAACGCUUAAUCAUAAUGUAUUAUAUUUGCCAUCAUUCAAUAUUGUAACGGUUCAUGUAUAAUACUAUUAAUUAUUAUUUAUUAUUAUUAUUAUAGCUGUACUUAAGUUUUGAUCUCAUGUAUAAAUAUUAUUUUGUCCUUAUGAGUUGUUUUAAAAUUGAACCUACCUUCUAAAUGUAGACUACGUCUACACAAAAUUGGUUAUUUGCAAGUUGAGCAAUAUAUAUUUAUAAGUUUAAAAUGUAUGUUACUAAUAAUAACCUCCCUUAUAGUAUUUAAAAUUAUUUACUAUUUAUCGAUAAAUAUACCUAAGAAUAUCCCUUAACUUGUCUGGUGAUACUGCUGGAAGCAUUCCUAUUCCAACAUCAAUGUUACUGUAAAAUUUAGCUAUCAGAUUUACUGAUUAUACUUAUUUUAUAGAUUGUAAAUAAAUGAAAAUAAAAAAUUUUUAAUUAAAAUAAAAAAACUCGUAUUUAAU